AUGAGCCUGGGCGACGCGGAGCUGGAGCAGCAGGUCAACGACUGGCUCCAAUGGGACAAGAACGAGAAGACGUCGGCGGAAAUCCGCGAGCUUCUCGAGAAAAAAGACGUCAAGGGACUCAAGUCCCGAAUGGAGACGCGUCUCGUCUUCGGCACCGCCGGAAUCCGCGCCCCGAUGCAAGCCGGUUUCGGUCGGCUCAACGACUUGACCGUUAUACAGGUGUGGAAAGUGGACUUUUGGAAAGUGCGGACGGUUUCUUCCGUUGUUCAUUCACUUGAGUCAGUCUCGUUUCUCUGCUUCAGAACUCCAGAGUGGUCCCUAUAGGGGCAACCUUACGGUUUACCCUCAAGGCACCACUCUACCAACCCCUAUAGGGGCCACUAAACUUGCAAAAGUGGUCCCUAUAGGGGUUUUAGUUAGUGGCCCAAUUUUUAUGAACUUUAUGCGAACUUUCUUAGAAAAACAUUAUUUUAAUAAGUUAAAAACUCGAUUUUUCAAAAGUUAGUAUAGUCCUGAAGUUUAUGCACUUUCAAAAAACUGAAAAAAUAUUUUUAAAAAAAAAUUUUUCUUUAAUUAUCGCUCGAUAGUCUUAAGAUUAAUAUGAUAAAUCUAAAGAAAUGUUUGAUUUUUUUGAAAAAAAUCAAUAUCCGCAUUUUUUUGAACUGUCUAACAAGUUUAUAAAUUAAACCUGUAGAACUGUCGAAAAAAAUUUGAAACCCUUAAAAAAAGGAUAACUUUGAAAAAAUGUUAGAACAUUUCUUAAAGACGACCUUAUAAUGACGUCAUUUAUCAACGUCUUCAGGUGACGCAUGGCUUCGCUCGGCGCAUGAUCAACGUCUUCGGACAGCCGAAAAAUGGAGUCGCGAUUGGUUUUGAUGGACGUCAUAACAGUAGAAGGUUUUGAGACUUUCAUUAUUGAAUUUUAGGACGUUGCAAAACUAGGGUUUCAAUAAAAAUUUCUGUUUUUUUUUACGUAUCUUAUAAGCUGGAAAAUUUUUAUUUUUCAAAGACGAUACAAGAUUUGUUCGUUUUCGAGCAGAAAAAACAAGAAAUCUGCAAAAAAUGAAUAACUUUUGUACAAACAAAUUUGUCAGUAAGAAUAACUGAAUUUUUUUUUUGCGCGGAGGAUUUCUGUAGGAGCCUUCUCCGCAGUGAGGGUGACUGCAGAAGUUUUCUUCAAAACUUCAAUGCUUCAACUCAGGCACUGACGGCGCGUGUUUGUUGCCAAAAGUGCGCAUGCGCGCCGCCUGCUGCGCGCACGCGCGGGGUGUCUCUUUUGUUUUUUAGCUUUUUAACUAAUUGAAAAGUUAUAAAUUUGAUAUUUUUCAUGUCUGUUCAUCUCUUAACAUUGCUCUGCACCAGUUUAUAACAAUUAGAUUGCACAAAAAAAUGUGAAAUAUCAAAGUUUCACUUGGCAACUUAUUUUUCAUAAAUUUGUUCGAAAGUGCUCGGAACAACUUUAAAAACGUGAGCAGGGGCACUGGGUAAUAUCAAAAAAAUAUAAAAAAAUCUAUUUCAAAAACCUUAUUUCAGUGGAAAAGGCGAAAAAAGAAUCAGUACCCCCGCGCGUGCGUGCACCAGUGCCUGAGAACAUUUUCAUUCGUUUCUUCAUGUUUUCUUGGAAAUAAAGUAGCUGAAUUUCAAUAUAAUGAUAUGAGAAAUGUUUUAGUUCAAUUUUCAAUUCAUUGAAGUUGAUAUAAACAUCAAAACCAAAGGAUAUUUUUAUAAUUCUAAAUGAAGAUUAUUUUUUUUGCUUUUAAAUAUGUUAUAUUUUUGCGUGUUGGCUCAUUUUUUCCAUUUCAGAUUCGCUGAGCUUUCCGCCAACGUCUUCAUUAAAAACGGAAUCCCGGUUUACCUUUUCAGUGAAGUCACGCCGACGCCUGUUGUGGUUGAGUUUAACCUUGUUUUCAACUUCUGAAUUCACUUUUUCAGUCCUGGGCGACGAUUCAUCUGAAAUGCGACGCCGGUUUGAUCAUUACGGCUUCCCAUAAUCCAAAAGAGGAUAAUGGAUAUAAAGCCUAUUGGAGCAAUGGGGCGCAGGUUCAAAAUUAUAAUUGAAUAUGAUAGAAUAUAUCAUUAGAAUGAAUUAAUAAGUGAAUUUUGGAUGAUUUUUUAAAUUAUGCUUUCACUGGUGUUUUAUAGCCCAUUCCGCGCCAGCUUGUCACGUUUUUUUUUAGCCAAAAAGAUCAAAAUUGAGCAUCUUCGCUUCAAGACCCUUGUUUUUUGCUGUCUUUUUAGAGCAAGCGUUUAAAUUUACAGUAGCUUUUUCUUUCUUGUUCUUUUAAAACUCGACAAAAACGAGAAAUUUCAAAGAAUUCGGCCACUAAAACAUGAGAUUCGAUUUUUAUGAUUUUUUUUCAGAUCAUGUAUUUUUCAUUGAAGACUUUUUUUCAGAAGAAAACCAAAAAUUGAUCCAGUUGUACUUCAUAACCUUUCCUUCAGAUCAUCGGACCUCACGAUUCGGAAAUCGUGAAAAUCAAAGAAGCCGAGCCAAAACCGAGGGACGAUUACUGGGACACGAGCGAUUUACACAGUAGCCCACUGUUGAAAUCCGCCGACACUACUAUUGAUCCAUAUUUUGCUGUUGAAAAACCUCUCUGCUUCUAUAGGUUUUCUUUUUCAUUCUCAAAAAAAAUCCUCAUUUUUCAAGCAAAAUUUAGUCUAAAAGUCAUGAAAUCUUCAAUUUGGCCGCGAAGUUUCCGAUUUUCCAGCUUUGAAAGUGAAAUUCGAAGCUAUUUCAAUGUUUUAAACCUCUUUUCUUCUAUAGGUUUUCUUUUUAUUUUCAUAAAAAAAACUUUUUUUUUACUACCAUUUGAAAGGCUUUCAAGAUGGCUGAUUGCCGAAUUUUACUCAUUUUUCAACCUGAAAUUAGUCAAAAAGUCAUGAAAUUUUCAAUUUGGUCUUUAAUUUAUUCGAUUUUUCCAGCUUUUAGAGUAUUUGUUUCUCUUUUGAUAAUCUGGCCACCAUUUUUUCGAUUGUUAUCCAAAUUUUCCUCGAUUUUUCAACCUCACAAAGGGAAAUUCAGUGUUAUUUCAAUGCUUAGAACCUCUCUGCUUCUAUAGGCUCUCAUGUGUUGUUGAAAAGAACAAAGUUAUCCCUCAAAUUUUCAGAGAAAUCAACGAAAAAACGCCGAUCAAGUUCACCUACUCGGCUUUCCAUGGCGUUGGAUAUCACUUCACGAAAAGAAUGUUCAAGGAAUUCGGAUUCCCCGAAAGCCAGUUCAUUUCUGUCGCUGUGGGGUUUUGCAUUAUUUGGGCCGCCUUUAGGAAAAAAAAAUUUAUUUCAAUCUUUUUUUUCAUAGUUUCACGGAGACGUAACGCGUUGAGCAAUUUCUUUUACGAGAAAAUUUUUCAAGAAAAUGAGCAAUAAUAAGUAUUUUGCAGGAACAACAAGAGCCGAACCCCGACUUCCCGACAAUCCCAUUCCCAAAUCCAGAAGAAGGCCGAAAAGUUUUGACUUUAUCGAUCGAAACUGCUGAUAAGAAUGGAUCGACGGUUAUUCUGGCCAAUGAUCCUGAUGCCGACCGGAUUCAGAUGGUCGAGAAGCAGAAGAAGUGAUUUUUUGCGAGUCAAAUCUUGAGACGAAGAGCCGUUUUCAGUGUUUUUUAAGUCAUGUAUAACUCACAGCGUUUUUUUUGGCGACCGCCCAUAAUAUUUUUUUUUUUCCGUAAAGUGUAGUGUGUCGUGUGCAUACACUGCGGCGCUUUGGCACACGAUUUUCAGUUAUAUUUUUCACUCUCUGGUGGUCAUUUUGAAUUUCGCGCAAUUACUUUCAACAUGGCUUGUUUUAAAACAAAAACAAAAAACAGAAAAAUCGCGUUUUUUUAAAAAUGAGAAAUAGAUUCGUCUCGUGACCCAUUGAUGCGCCUUUAAAAUUUCCUGUUGUUUACGCGUUUUUCCCAUGACGUCACAUAACGGCGGAGGUUUUAACCCUUAAAAAGUUUAAGCCUUAAAAAAGGGUCCUGACACGAUUAAAAAGAGACACUGCAUGGUUGGUAGAGAGCGCAGAGAGGCCACGCCCCCUUAUCGUCCCAAGCUAGCCGUGAAUCGGCUAUAUAGUCUGUUCUGCUUUAGAAGGUUAAGCAGCAAACCCCGCCCCCAAUAAAGCUCUCUGAUCGGUUUGAACUACGCAAAAGGGGCGGAGUUUGACUUGACAUUCAAAAUAUGUGCAGACCAAACACUUUUUGCACCUUUCAAAACCAGGAACAUGUUUCAUAGUUUAUCCCAAAACUUUCAGCGGCGAAUGGCGCGUAUUUACCGGCAACGAGAUGGGAGUCCUCAUCACCUGGUGGAUCUGGACCAACUGGAGAAAGGUUCUCGAUCAUCAGAAAAGGGAAAAAAAAGAAUACUUUUUCAAGGCCAAUCCCGAAGCUGACCUCUCCAAGAUGUACAUUCUGAACAGCGCCGUCUCCUCGCAAUUCGUCAAGACGAUGGCCUCCGUCGAAGGCUUCAGAAACGAGACGACGUUGACGGGCUUCAAAUGGAUGGGGAACAAGGCCGAGGAGCUGAGAAAGGCGGGAAACGAAGUGAUUUUGGCCUGGGAGGAAAGCAUCGGAUACAUGCCCGGGCACACGUUGGACAAGGUGAGAGCCUAGAAACAGAGAGAAAAAAAAAUGACAAGAAAGCUUAUAAACUUCACAACUUAGAAGUUUCAAAGUGACCACUAUACGUGUUAGGUGGAAUAACAGCCCCAAAAGGAGCCGAAAAAGUGUUUUUUGCAUGGAAAAGGAGCCGAAAAAGUGUUUUUUGCAUGGAAUUUUUUCUUCGCAUAGAGUUUAUAAAAUCUAUCGACUAGCAUGUCCUCUAUAGGAACCACUAACUAAACCCCCUGAAGGGACCACUUUGCAAGCCUCAGUGACCUCUAUAGGGGUUGGUAAACUGGCCCCUAAGAAGGGUGUUUAAAAGUGCAGAGAAAAUAUUUUUCGCGAUUUUACAGAAAUGGGUCCCAUUGUUCCUAACUUUCGGGAGUUUUCUGAUCUCUGGUUUUCCAAAACCUUCUUAUAGUCUGUUCAGAAUUAUAAUGUCAAGUCUUCGCUCAAGCUCCGCCCCAAAUGGCGCGAAAAACUAAUCAGAGAUCGAUCCAUCCACAGAGCGAUUUCAAAUGACGUCAUUGUACUUGAAAUUCAAAACGGACUGUAGCCGUUUCACGGCUAGCGUGGGACGCAAAAAGUAGUUGCCCGUCUGCGCUCUCCACGAAGCAUUCACUGUCUCGUUUUUUUUUAAAUCGUGUCAGGAUCCAUUUUUCGAUGGCUCAAGCCAGUCGUGAAUCAGCUAUAUAUGGUUUUUUUCAUUCUCAGGCGGCCAUUUCUGUUUUGCCGAAACUAUUUUGAAAAUUUCAAGCAGAUCAUUUUCUCACGAAAAUACAGAAGAAAUAUCGUCUUCAUGAACAAAUUUUCAGUCGAUUUGAACAUUUUCAGGACGGCGUCAGUUCGGCUGCAGUUUUCGCUGAAAUGGCCGCUUAUCUUCAGACCCAAGGCUCUACUCUCACUGACAAACUUUAUUCUCUUUACACCAAGUAAUUUUUUUUUCAUCAAAAUGAACAUUUUUAAGAAAAAGUACCCUUUCAGGUACGGAUUCCACCUUGUCAAAUCGACGUAUUGGUUCGUCCCGAAGCCAGAAGUCACAAAGGAACUUUUUGCUAGCCUCAGGAAGGAACUAAAGGUGAUUAAAAUCUGUAUAUUGUGAUUAUUUGGGACAGUUUUGCUAAAAAAAUGUAAUGGUACCAUUUUUUCGUGGCCAUGCUAGAUCUUCCAGACUGAAAAAAACGCUUGGCUUUUUUUAAAAAAAUUGAGAAUUUCUAGAAAAAACUUUUUUUUUUCGUUUUCUUUCUGUCUGGACUUUGAGGCGUCAAAGGUGAGAAUCUUGAGGAUUUUAGCCUGCCAUUUCAAGUUUUUAGACCGCUUUUUUUCGCGACUUCUUAACUUGUAAGUAGGAUCAGACUCUCUUUUAAGGUCUAACUGACAAUUUUUACAUUUAUUUCUUUCAGUUCCCUGAGAAAAUUGGCGAGGAACCGGUGAAAUAUGUACGAGAUCUCACGGUUGGAUACGAUAAUGAGCGGCCGGAAAAUAAGCCGGUUUGAAUAAUUUUGAAAAAAUACCCUCAAAAUGGUCAUUUUCAGGUUCUUCCCCUCUCGACGUCUUCGGAAAUGGUUACGUUCACCUUGGAAAAUGGAAGUAUCAUCACUUUGAGGGCUUCUGGAACCGAGCCAAAAAUUAAAUACUACAUUGAGCUGAUCACCAAGCCGGGAAGGACUCAGGAGUGAGUGAAAAAUAGAAAAUUAAACUACCUUGGAGGUUCCCCUCUAGGGAUCACUUUAAACCCCUAUAGGGACCAAUAAAGCUUUCAAAAAGGGUCCCUAUAGGGGUUAGUUAGAGGCCUCUACAGGGGACAUGACAUGCUAUAUAGUCGAUCAUUGUUAUGAACUCUAUGCGAAAAACUUUAAAAAUUUACACUUUCUCUUGAGUUUUUUCCUCUCAACUGUUUUCUUUCGUUUCAGUGACCUCGAAGGCGUACUUGCUGAGCUGGAUCAGCUCGAGAAGGACGUCGUCGCCACACUGCUGCGACCGGAAAAAUUCGGCCUCAUUGCCAGAAAAUAG